GGGAUCAGCAGCCCAGGGAGUGUGUGAGGUGUUGGGGGAUGUAGGGCUCUCCCGCUGGUAAGGAGCCCGCCGGGGUUUUGGGGCACUGAUCUUGGGUUUUUAGUCUCUAGGUGAGAUAAUACUGUCCCUUAAACCCUUGCCCGCCCCUCGUCUAUGGCCAUCAUGAUCCCUCUUCUCUUUGGCAGCAGUAGCCUCAGGGCGAUGAUGUGCCUGAUGAUGAGCAGGAUGAAGUUAGAAAUGGCUCCGCUGUUGUUUCUCUUUGCUCCCCUGCGAACCAGCACUGUGUUGUCUGUAGUUGAUUUUGUUGUUGUUGGCAGAGAAAUGUCAUACCUCCCAGGAUGUGCACUCCUCCUUUGCACCCUUUUCUCUGCUCUCCACCAAGUGUAAUAAUUCUAAAGGGGAAAAAAAAAAAAGACGGGCAACAUAGCAAUAGUGGAAAGCUGAGAAUAAUAAUCAGUAGAGUCAUGAAUCUGGCUGGGGUAAAACGCAAUCUGUAAUUUCAGCUUUUUUUUUUGUAAGCAGAGCAAAAGUACCCCUCCCCCAUGGAUUGGGCUUGUGCCAGUUGCUUUUUAUUGUACACAUAAAUUGUGGUAAGAUUUGGGGUUUUUCUUUUUCAUUCUUACCCACUUAUUCCUGCGGCUAAACUGUUCAAAUUUUUGUUUCAAAAUUCUUAGGGUUUUUUUUUCUUGGUUUUAUUGUAAAACCUGUUGUCCAGCUAUGACUGGACAACUACUUACUUUGUUUCUUGACCCCUCCGAUACGACAUUCUCGUAAAAUAUUGCCUGAGGUGCGGUUUUGGGUUACAUUAGCGUUUUAUCUAUUCAGUCGUAUUAGCAGGAAUAAAACGACUUGUUUCUGUUGUACUUGAGUCUUAUGAAAAGGUGCCCAUAGUUUAGUGACAGUUUCCAAAGGCUUUAGUACCACCUGUAUUACAAAAUGGGGGACCCAAACUCCCGGAAGAAACAAGCUCUGAACAGACUUCGUGCUCAGCUUAGAAAGAAAAAAGAAUCUUUAGCUGACCAGUUUGACUUCAAGAUGUACAUUGCCUUUGUGUUCAAAGACAAGAAGAAAAAGUCAGCGCUUUUUGAAGUGUCUGAAGUGAUACCAGUCAUGACUAAUAAUUAUGAAGAAAAUAUCCUGAAAGGUGUGCGGGAUUCCAGCUAUUCUUUGGAAAGUUCCUUAGAGCUUCUGCAGAAGGAUGUAGUACAGCUUCACGCACCCCGCUACCAGUCUAUGCGCAGGGAUGUGAUCGGCUGUACCCAGGAGAUGGACUUCAUUCUUUGGCCUCGCAAUGAUAUUGAGAAGAUAGUCUGUCUCCUGUUUUCUCGGUGGAAGGGAUCCGAUGAACCCUUUAGGCCUGUUCAGGCCAAGUUUGAAUUUCAUCACGGUGACUAUGAAAAACAGUUUCUGCAUGUUCUGAGCCGAAAGGACAAGACUGGAAUUGUUGUCAACAACCCUAACCAGUCAGUGUUUCUCUUCAUUGACAGACAGCACUUGCAGACUCCAAAAAACAAAGCUACAAUCUUCAAGUUAUGCAGCAUCUGCCUGUACCUGCCACAGGAGCAGCUCACUCACUGGACGGUUGGUACCAUAGAGGAUCACCUCCGUCCUUACAUGCCAGAGUAAGGUACUGGCCAGCAAAAUGGGGAAGAUCACAGAACGCAGCAGUGGAUUUUCACUUUCCUCACCACUUUAUUCUUUCAGAAUUUUGAAGAAAAUGGACUCAUGCUCAGAACACUAUACAUUGUGAAACUUGAUCAUCCUGGAUUUUUUUUUUAUCAUUUGUAUCUCAGAACUUUACAAUUUUUUUUAUUUUUUAAGAUGUUUUCUGCACGGACCUUGUGAAAGAGAGGAUGCUCUGCACGCUUCUGCACUGCAUCAGCAUCUUGCGAAAAUGUGAAAUGAAGGGACUGUACACUGAAACAAAUGUAUCCGAAAGCACAAGGUGAUCAUUUGUGGUGGUGUUCCCAUUUGUGCUGGUCAUGCCCCCUGACAUCUGUAAUGUUAACCAUCAGUAUUUGGAGGGUGAGAAGUGAAUGUAACGGGUAUAAAAGCCUUAUAGCUUUGCUGUUAAUGAUUGUAUCGAAGAGCACUAUCAUUCAUUCUAAUGAACGGGAAAGUGGCUAUUACAGUAGGAAGUAAAUGUGGGGAAGAAAUCUUUUUUUUUAAAAAAAAAAGCAUCUCAUUUAAUGUGUAGGCAUCUCUUGCCUCUUUUAUUUUGCUGGGCCAUGUCUAAGUUUACUGGCACUUUCGGUUUGGAUCUCUUUCCCCAAGUUGCUGUAUAACUGUAUGGAAGUAUUCUUUUGAGUUGGAUGCAUUUAUACAGAUGAGGCAGACCUGGAGUCUGAAGUUGCUAAAGCAGCUAAAAAUAAAAUAAUAGCUGCGGAAACAAUGUUGGUAGAGGAUUAUUUUUUCUUGAGAGUUGAGACUUGUAAACUUGCAGGUGAACUGUGCAGGAAAUACUGGUUUCUAAAACAUUUCUUAUGGAAAACCCAGCGAGGUUUUUUUUCUUUUGGAAUAGACAUUAUAUACCAAUGUAAAAUAGUGUUUGGAGUGUCAAAAGUGGGUUCUGACAGAACAUUUUAAGAUUGUGCAAUGCUAAAAGGAAGACUACUGUAUAGUUUUGAUGACAAAGAAGGCUCUGCUUAAGGGUUGAGUACUUUACUGGAGUAAAACUGCAUAAGCCUGCUCCCUUUGGAUAAAACUAGUGCUUACUUGUUUAAAACUUGUAUUUAGCUUUUGUUUGGAAUUGGAAAAAAUUGGAACUUAAAUAAAUUAGGUGAAAGAUGA